AUGCAAAACCUCUUAAUGCUAUCUUUGUUUGGCCUUUUGGCAGUUUCCUUCGCCAAUGCUGCCCUCCUGGAAAACACUCAGCCACUAGACCACGCUCUGAUCCUGAGCCGCCAAGCCCCCGGCACACCACAGUACGAAUGCCACUCCAACUGCGGUAACGCCCUCGCCGGUGGCCGCAACCCAACCCACUGCACCAACGCAACCUGGACGGGCUACUACGACGCCUGCCUGGAGUGCGCGCUGGAGUUCGACAUCUGGCGCAUCUACGGCACCGGCGUGGGCGGCGCCGCGUCGGCGUGCGGCCUAAGCGCCACCCCGUCGCCGGCCGCUCCCGCGUCGUCCGCUCCCACGUCUGUUCCCGCUCCCACUCCCACGACUGAAACCGAAACCGGAACCGAAACCGGAACCGGAACGGCUGUCACCACCCCACCGCCACCGAGCAGCGCUGCUACCGACGCCGAGACGGCCAACUCUGGCCCGUCGGCGACUAGUUCCGUGUCGACUGCCGGUGCUGCCCCAGGGCCGCUUGUGGUCCCCAGCCACGGGUCCACGUCUUCGUGGGUUGGGGUGUUGGUGGCCGGGUUGGCGGGUUUGGUGGGGCUGUUGUGA